ACAGGACUGUUUUCAUUCGACAAGGAAGAGCACGAAUGACAGAUGUGGCGGCAAGAUGGAUGGAGGCCUUGAAGGUGUAGCUCUGUUAGUUUUAAAGCCGCGAACACGACACAGUUUUCUGUAUCUGUAAAAAUUCGACAUGAGGGUAGGAUCGGUACUUUUAAUUCUGUGUAUCAACUUUAUAACAGAUAUAUGCGGUUUUGAGGUCAGUCACUUCCGACCUGAGCAUGAUCAUGCGCAUAACCAUGAUCAUCCUAGUCCCGGAGUUCAGGAUCUCCAGUGGUUCACAGAAGUAGGACCCGAUGGAGUCCCUCGCGAAGUUCAAAUGACACGGGCCGAAAUUGACAGGCGUCUACGCGACCUGCAAUCCAAAGGCAUAACGGAUACAAGGUAUUACGGAAGUUCCGGGCUGUUAGUGCCGGAAACACCUCCAUAUGUGGGCCAGCUAAGACCCGGGGAUGUGGUUCCAGGAUCGGGGCUUGAUCCGUGGUUGAUUGCGGAGGAGAAACGGAUACAGGAAGUGGAGAGGCUAAGACGAGAAAAACUAGAACAAGAGAGGAGACUCAAAGAACUGGAGAAAAAGUUAGCCAAGGAGAAAGCCAACAACAAGAGGAAAAACAAACCUAGGAGACCAGGAAAUUCAAAGCGAAGGAACAACCGAAGGAGAAGGCCUUCUUUCAACCGGCCGAAUACUCGACGCAACUUGGGUGUAGCCAAGGAAGCCCCGGUGAACAGGCCGCCACCUCAGGAAAACAGUAAUAAACGUCCUGGGUUUCUACGUCGUCUGAUUAACAAGGGGAGGAACAACAUGAACAGGUUCAUGGACAAUAUUAAAAACAGGACUCCAAGAAGAAGAGGAUUAAUCUUUGUUGGAUGACGCAAUAAUUAAUAAUUAUGAAGAUUUUUUGCGUAACGAUAUUCGAUUUCUAUGUAGAUGUUUUGUUGGUUUUUUUUUCUAUAUUGUCUAAGAGAAGACUUCCGUAAGUGCAGCUGAAUUUUACCAUAUGACAUAUGACGCUAGUUUAUUUUGAUGUAUUUUUUCUUUUUUUUUUCUGUUGUUGAUAUGGGAUGCGUGCAUUUGAUUUUAUCUAACUACAGUAACUUCUUAUCUAAUAAAAAGAAGACAACAAUAGAAA